AUGAUAGCUAUCCAAUUCACUGUCAUCUUCAUGAUCAUCUAUGGGCUCGAGUCCUUGGCAAUUAUCAUGCAGAGCAGUUUGAUUAUUUUAGUACUGGGCAGAGAAUGGCUGCAGGUCAAAAGAUUGUCACCUGUGGAUAUGAUUCUCACCAACCUAGGCAUCUGUCACUUCUUUUUACAGUUUUCAUCAAUGCUGUUCAAUUUUUGCUGCUACUUUAACCCUAAUUAUGUAUUUUGGUACUUAUCAAUCAUCUGGGAAUUUGGUAAUAUUCUUACAUUCUGGAUAACCAGCUUGCUUGCUGUCUUCUACUGUGUCAAGGUCUCUUCUUUCACCCACCCCAUCUUUCAGUGGCUGAGGUGGAGAGUUUUGAGGUUGGUUCCAUGGCUGUUACUAGGUUCUCUUGUGGUUUCUUUUGUGACAAGCAUCCCUUCAGCUAUUACUAAUCACAUUCGGAUUCAAUUCCUCAUGGAGCAUUUACCCAGAAACAGCACUAUGAUUGAGAGACUUCAGAUGUUUCGGCACUCGUAUAUCAAGCCUCACACAAUAGUUGCACUGCUUACUCCUUUUGUCUUGUUCCUGGCCUCCACCAUCAUUCUCAUGGCCUCACUGGUCCAGCACUUGGAGCAGAUGCAGCAUCAUAACACUGGCCACUGCGACCCCAGCAUGAAAGCGCACUCCACUGCCCUGAGGUCUCUUGUCAUCUUUCUUAUCUUCGUCACCUCUUACUUUAUGGUCAUAUUCCUCACCCUUAUAGGCUCUCUAUUUGAUACAGGAUCUUGGUUCUGGCUAUGGGAAGUUGUCAUCUAUGCUGUAGUCUCUAUUCAUUCUGCUUCACUGAUGCUGAGUAGUCCUACGUUGAAAAAGUUUCUAAAGGUAAAGUGCUGA